UUUACCUCCAUUCCGAAAACUCAGCUCUUGAAAGCCAAAAUAAAACACUGCAGAAACAAAACAACUGAUAUAAAAUAGAUACAGUUUUGAAUACGGCGUAGUUCUGCGUUAGCGAUCACCGAGUGUGGAGUGGCUGCUUCUUGAAGAUACUGUAUGGUUGUUGUUUUGCCUUUUUUCCCCGGUGGUGGUUGAAGAGCUAAUGCGUGGACUAGCAUUGUGUUUGGACAUCGUUUCUACUGAGUAUAAAAAAGGAAGACAAAAAAAUUCUGAGGUUUUCUUCAGAGACUGUAAUUUAUACGGGAAUACUAUUUUCAAUGUAAACAGGAGUUAACAAUUUACAAAUACAAACAGAAAAUACUUUGUAACACGAGCUGGGUGCGGCCGCUGCGCAAUUAGCGUAAAUUCUGUCUACUCUGCUUAAUUCCAGUGGUAUUUAUUCAUUUCAAUAUCCAUGUUAUUACCGUGAAUAUAUGUACGAACAGCGGUCUCCACCGGUACCUAUAAGAAUCGUGUGUCUAACGGAUGCAAUGUAAGCCCCCACCUUUGGUUUUAUUUAUUUUAUUUUUUAAUUUUGUUGGACUUAAAUGCCAGUGAACGGCUGAGACGAUCCAAUCAUUGAGCUAUGCUCAGAAAGUCUGGUCGGGAAUCCUCUGGUUCCAGAGCACAAAAUGACAGCACAUCGUCAUUGGACCACAGCCAACGAUCGGGCUCGAGUACCAGGCGGAAAAAGGAGGCAGAAGAUCCAUUACAGUCGGCCCUACUGUACUUUAAAGAAGUUGAAGCUGGUACUCCAUGGCGAGGCAAUUAUGUCCUGGAGAAACACCUUGACACUAUCGAGCAGACAGCAUUCAAUAAGGGAUUACCCCCAGAAGGCAUUGAUAUAAUGAUAGACUUUGCACUUGGCCUCCGAAUGGGCAGUGUUUUGGGUGUGCGGGUCAUGAAGUCUCUGAUUCCAGCGACAGUGGUACCUCAGAGCGCAUUGAUAAAAGGAGUGUCCUGGUUCUGUGUGGGAAAGCUGCCCUCAAACUUGCAGGUCAUGUUUUUCCGCUGGUUUAUUACUGUGUUUGACCUGGUUGAUUCAAAGGAGCAGCUACACUUGCUGUAUGGCUUUUUAUUCUGUUUUCUGACAGAUGAGCACCUGUGUCCCUACAUCUGCCACUUGCUGUACCUUUUGACCACAAAGGAGAGUGUUAAACAUUACAGAAUAAGAAGAUUACUAGACCUUCAGGCCAAAGUGGGAAAACAGCCAUACCUGCAGGCCUUACUCUCCUUGUAUAAAGUUUUCUGUCCUGAUUUGGUCACCUUUUCAAUGCCAACAAAAAUAAAGAGUGCCUUCAAAAAUUAUGAUUCCAACUGGAAAACGGCAAUCGCUGCAGUUCAGAAAAAGAACAAGGUGGAAAUAUUAAUGCAACUGCCGAACAACAUUGCACAGAAAACAACAUCCAGGAAACGGAAAUGGAACAGCAAUUUGAAUGUGCCUGUUGUGAGUAGCAGUGUGUCUGAGAUCAAUGAUAAGGCAUCGAUCAGCUUGUCUAGGAAUGCAAUGCUUCCUUUAGAGCAGCUCCGCACUUUCUCUCAGCUCUUGCAGAACGUGCACCGCAUUGAGUUUCCAGCACAGAUGAGCUCUGUAUUGAACUCUCCACUGCUUCUUCAUUACAUUAACUGUGUAACUGAUGACUCAGUGUUUCUCAGACUGGACUAUUGGCUGGGUCAUGCAUUGCAGGAAGAGUUCCUGUUUUGCAAGGAUGCCAAUAAACAGAACGCUUCGGAAGCAAUGGAGUUCUUCAAUAAACUGAUCACAGCACAGCAGUUCCUACAGGAAGGAUUCUCCAGUUGUGAGACGUUUAUCUACAAGUUCCUGCAUGUUUGGAAUGGUUCGGAGUACCGCUCGCAGAUCCUGAGCCUCCUGAGCUGGAUACCUAUGGCACCGGUUACAGAUAUGAAGCAGCUGCUGUGUGAACCCCUAAUGCUGCUGUUCUUUAGCUCGUCUGUAUUUUUCAAGUGCAGUGUGAUUGAGUGCCUAAACAACAUGUUGGUGAAUUGGUUGACUUGGCAUUGUGUGUAUGCCACAGAGGAUAUUGACAUGAAUCUUCCUGGCCACUCCCCCAUGAAUAUGACCCUUUCUGAAUUGGUGAACUCAGUUAUUGAGUUGGUUCAGUUCACAGGUCGAAUCUCCACCAUAGGGCUGCACUUGGAGGGAUACAACACACUGUUGCUGCAUUUCGUUCUCAGUUUCUAUGAAACAGUGUCUGACAUGUAUUUGAAGUAUGACAUGCCUUUGGUUAUCAUGCCACCUGCUGGUGUGUUUUACCCUGCUCUGAUUAGCUUAGACCCCAUCAGUGUGAACCAGCUUUGCCACAUCAUGUACAGAUACCGAACAAACUUGGUUUCUGCAAAGGAUCCAGAGCUGCAACGGAAGAAGCGUUUUCACAUCAGCAGUAAAACAUACAGCGAGUUCAAUCAGUAUGUAGUUUCUAUGGUGAACUGUUUGUGGAAGUCCAAGGCAUUCAUAAAGGAUAACCAUCCCAUGGGGAUUGAGGUUAACCCAAAUCUACUGAAUGAGACCAAAGUGACAGAAUACAGGAACAGCUUUAACAUCGUCCACCACCCGGCGCUUAUGGGAUACGCAAUUGACUUCUUCCAGAAGUGUUGGCCAGGCGACAAACAUUUGAACUUAAGCGCCAUAAAGGGCAGGCACUGGGAUUGGUACUUGGAAUAUCUGUAUGGCCAGGGCUUCCAUGGUCUCCGACAGUUUAUUGAAAGCAGCAUCACCAGAGUAGACCAUUCAGUUAGCAGGAUUGCAAAGCGCUGAGGUGCAGCUUAAUUUCGUCUGGACAUCACCUCUGCAGUACUAAGCCUGUUAUGGACUGUGCGCUUUCAUCACUUCAUUACAGAGCAAGACAUCUCCUUCUUUUGGCUUCUAAUUAACUCUCCUUUCGAGACAGGCGGGUGAAGAUUCUGUUCUUCUCUCAGUCUGCAUUAACUGCAUCGUAAAUUUCCUUUGGGCUUGCUAACAUGAGAACUGUUCUCUAGAUUGGAUUUUACAAACUGUCAGGUCCCGGUGUUUGUGAAAUAUCAAGUCUGCAAGGCGUGGAUCUGUGGUGCAGCAGCCCCAUAACUGACAGCCUACUAAACCAUAGCAAUGUGUGGCAGUCCUUUAGUUAUUUUCAGCAAGAUUGGAGAAACUGGACUUGUGAAGUUUUGUACUGUCUGGACAGUACAAACGUCCUACUUUUAACUGACCAUUCAGUGUUAAUUUGUUUGAUUUUUGUGGAAGGUAUGUGUUUUUUUUUUUUUUGUUUUUUUUUUUUUUUUUCUGUUUUUUGUUUUUUAUUGCAAGGUAUGGAAAAUAAAGAUACAAGUCAGACUUUUAACACUCCAAGGACUCCUGUUCAGUAGCGAGCCCAAGCCCCUGAGUCAUCGUCACCUGGAUGUAAAAUAAGUGUACUUGUAAUGAUUUCUUGUUGCUUAAUAAUGUUUGGAUGAAAAAGUCUUGAAGGUGUAAGACUAUUUAUCCCAAACACAGAAACGAUACAGAGCUAAUCAUUCAUCUGCCUUGCUAGAACUGGUACCAUCGUUUACUGGGAUCCACAAUUAAAUGUACAUAUGCUAAUCUGGACUCCUCAACUGUUAAUUGUUUACCUAGAGCAAUAUUCUAGCUGUAAAUCAAUUACCUUUUGUAAGGAUCCUCAUUCCAUGAUAAGUGAUUACUGAAAGUAUUACCAAUGGUGGUCUAACAAGUUUCAUGAUCUGGUAACUUUUUUCUGGAAGUAAUUAUUUGCACGUAAUUUAUAGCAUUCCAUUUAAAAUCGAUGUAAUCCACCUUAACCACGCAGUCGUUUUUAGCUUUAUCUCUUAACCAGCAAUUCCACUUAUCAUCCUGUGGCAUUGCAGUCAAUCUUCACAGAACACCAAGGUCACUUAAGGGGCUAGCAGGCAAAAAGCUUUCAUGGAUGUUUCUAAAAACAACCCACACUUCUUAGAAAGCCAUUAUUUCUUAUUCUGAUGAAUGGAUAUGUGUGCCUAAAAAGACAAAGAUAGCCUUUAUUAUCGUUGCUGUCAGAAAAUUGAAUUCCUGUAUUGGUUUUUUUUAUUUAUUUAUUGCCAGUUAAAAUGUUCUCUGCCAAGGGGGUUUGUAGUGCUCAUAGUUGCUAAGUACUAUUUCUUUACUGCAGUACUAAUUAUUUGGUCCUGCGAUAAGUUAAAUCUCAAGCUUAGGAGUGUCGAUUUAAUUAUUUAUUUUUUUACCUGAUGUCAGGCAGGUUGUGGCUACAGCACUAGCUAAUUGUAGUAUGCUGACUGUACCAGUAGGCUACCAUGCUGUUGUAACUGAUUCUUUUCGAAAAAAUAAUUAAUGAUAGCAGGUGUCUGCCAUUCAAGUCGUUCUGAUCAGAAAGAAGCAGCAAGUGUUUUCAUAGGCUUGUACAUUCCAUUUAAUGGUCUGUUUAAGGAUGCCUUAAAUGAAACCUGAGCUUUACAAAGUAGAAAGCUUAGAGAACAAUGUCCAGCAAGAUGAUUUUG